GGGCGGAUAUGGCGGCCAACAUGUACCGGGUCGGAGAUUAUGUCUACUUUGAGAAUUCCUCCAGCAAUCCCUAUCUAAUCAGAAGGAUAGAAGAACUCAACAAGACUGCAAGUGGCAAUGUGGAAGCAAAAGUAGUGUGCUUUUAUAGACGACGAGAUAUUUCCAACACGCUUAUAAUGCUUGCGGAUAAGCAUGCUAAGGAAAUUGAGGAAGAAUCUGAAACAACAGUUGAGGCUGACUUGACUGAUAAACAGAAACAUCAGUUGAAGCAUAGGGAGCUCUUUUUGUCACGCCAGUAUGAGUCUUUACCUGCAACACAUAUCAGGGGAAAAUGCAGUGUUGCCCUUCUGAAUGAGACAGAAUCAGUGCUGUCAUAUCUUGAAAAAGAGGAUACCUUUUUCUACUCAUUGGUCUAUGACCCCUCAGUGAAAACACUGCUAGCUGAUAAAGGUGAAAUCAGAGUGGGACCCCGAUACCAAGCAGACAUUCCAGAAAUGCUUGUAGAAGGAGAAUCAGAUGAGAGGGAACAGUCAAAGCUGGAAGUUAAAGUUUGGGAUCCAAAUAGCCCACUUACAGAUCGACAGAUUGACCAGUUUUUAGUUGUAGCACGGGCCGUUGGAACGUUUGCCCGAGCCCUUGAUUGCAGCAGUUCUGUGCGACAGCCCAGUUUACACAUGAGUGCCGCUGCAGCUUCACGAGACAUCACUUUGUUUCAUGCUAUGGAUACGUUGUAUAGACACAGCUAUGAUUUAAGCAGUGCCAUUAGUGUCUUAGUACCGCUUGGUGGACCUGUUUUAUGCAGAGAUGAAAUGGAGGAAUGGUCGGCCUCUGAAGCUAGCUUAUUUGAAGAAGCACUGGAAAAAUACGGGAAAGACUUCAAUGACAUUCGUCAAGACUUUCUUCCUUGGAAGUCACUGACUAGCAUCAUUGAGUAUUAUUACAUGUGGAAGACUACUGACAGAUACGUGCAACAGAAACGUCUGAAAGCAGCAGAGGCUGAGAGUAAGCUGAAACAAGUCUACAUCCCAACUUACAGCAAACCAAAUCCCAACCAAAUAUCCACCAGCAAUGGCAAGCCUGGGCCUGUGAAUGGAGCAGUGGGGACCACAUUCCAGCCUCAGAAUCCCCUCCUAGGGCGAGCCUGUGAGAGCUGCUUUGCUACACAAUCUCACCAGUGGUACUCCUGGGGCCCACCUAAUAUGCAGUGUAGAUUAUGUGCAACUUGUUGGCUUUAUUGGAAAAAAUACGGAGGCUUGAAAAUGCCCACCCAGUCAGAAGAAGAAAAGUUAUCUCCCAGCCCAACCUCAGAGGACGCCCGGGUCAGAAGUCACAUGUCCCGCCAGGCCAUGCAAGGGAUGCCAGUCCGAAACACUGGCAGUCCAAAGUCUGCAGUGAAGACGCGUCAAGCUUUCUUCCUUCAUACUACAUAUUUCACAAAAUUUGCACGUCAGGUCUGCAAAAACACUCUCCGGUUGCGGCAGGCAGCAAGACGGCCAUUUGUUGCUAUUAAUUAUGCUGCCAUUAGGGCAGAAUAUGCAGACAGACAUGCUGAACUAUCUGGAAGCCCCCUGAAAAGCAAAAGCACUAGGAAACCUUUGGCAUGUAUCAUUGGGUAUUUAGAGAUCCAUCCUGCGAAGAAACCUAAUGUAAUCCGAUCUGCACCAAGCCUGCAAACUACAACUACCAAGAGGAUGCUAACUACCCCGAACCACACAUCUCUGAGCAUUCUGGGGAAGAGAAACUACACUCAUCACAACGGCCUGGAUGAACUCACAUGCUGCGUGUCAGACUGAGCCUCCCUAUCUCAUCCGGCAAUCCAAGACUCGCUGCCCUGCCCUGCCCUGCUGUCCACAGCCCAUGCCUGGGACAAAGGCAGCCCCAUUCACAGUACAUUUUGGGGGAGAACUCAUGCACUGCCUCCUGAAGACUCAGUGGAGGCAGGGGAAGAAGCUGGGGGAGUGCGCACCCCACAGGCUGCAUCUCCACGUGUACAUCAGUGGCACCUUGCUUUCCUCCCAGAAACCUCGCUGUCUCACUGAAGGACCUGCCUGAGGAACAGAGUGGGGGGUGAGGAAACCACCCCCCACACUCACCCCUCUGCUUGGCAGCAGGAACCACAGCUCCUCGGGAGCCAUGGAGGCUGCCGGGGGCUCAGAAGAGCCGCUGCCUGCAUGUGUCAGCUCCGUUUUCUGCUCUGUAAUUCUGUACAGAAGGGCCAUGGCUUCAUUCUAAUGGAGUUUUCUUAAGAAUGUGCCAGUGUUUAUGCAGUUGAUGAUGUCUCCCUGGCCUCACUAUUAAUGUCGCUUGGCUUUUUCUCAGUAGGUUUCUCUAUUUUUCUUAAGUGGGGAAACUCUACGUUUUCCCCUCCAUCUGGUAUUGGACCCUUCCCCACCCCUCCAUCCCUGCCUUUCCGAGGUACAGAAUUCCCUGAGGACCUGACUCCCUGAGGAAGCUGCAGUGGUCAUCUGUGGUAAGCCUGCAAACUCUUCUCAUCACUCAUGUUUGUCGUGGGAGAGCACUGGUGUUGUGCCAGGCUCUGCUCAGCUCCAGGCUGCUGCAGCAAUAGCGGGUGUGAGCCAGGCCCAGCCUGAGUGGCAUAGCGGUGAGCCAUUUGCAGACUGGCUGAUGAGGAAUCUCAGCUGGGUGGCUGCUGAGCCCGGUACAGGUUGCUCGGGUUUAUUUUAGACAGAUACUCUUUCUGGCCUACAGGGUUGGGGUGGGAGGGUUAGCAGAUGUGAACCUGGGGAUGAUACCAUGACCCCUUUGAGUAUGUGUGUCUGCCCCUCCAGCUGGUGCUCAGUCUUUCCAUCCUAAGCAUCAUCACAGCCAAAUCACAGGGAUAGGAGCAAGUCAGUGCCUGAUCAACUUAGCAAGCAGACAUGGGACUGGCCACUCCCCUGCCCUCCAAUGUUGGCAGUGGCAGGAUACAGGCCACGGGGCAUGGGACUGCAGCACCACGAAAGACAGAGGAGAUGGCCCCUCCAGGUGUCUUGAGGAUACAGUUGAGAGGGAGCUGGACUGAAGGCAAUGCCACAGCUGGCUAGCUUUUGCAGGACAUGGCUGUGACUGACUGGACCCUCCCAGGAAGGCGAUGCUGACCCCAGAGCUGUGUUGUGCAAGGGCUAAGGGCCAUGUUCCGGAGCUCAGGCCUGGCUGCCUGACCCCUCUGCAGGUCUGCAAAGUCUCCCAGCUUCUUUCCUGAGGAGGAGUUGGUUCUCAUCUUAGGUUUGUGUGAGGAUGCCCGGGGGAUGUUCCCGCCACUGCCAACUCAUGGAGCUAUACUGGGUCUUGGCGUGGGGCCCUGGGGGUGGGGCCUGUGUGAAGGGUGCUCAGUGGAGUGGUGAUGCUCAGCAGGCAGCAGGCGUUCCCCAGCAGUGCCCACAAGGAACCCUUCAGCUAAGCCCUGGGGAGAGAAGGCAGCUGGCACUGCAUGUCACGAGUCACGUGGCACCUUCUUCUCUAAAGAGAAAGACACAGCAGAGCUGUCCAAAACCUGCUCUGGCCUGAUUGUGGCUCAGGGGAGCCACAAGAAGGGGAAAGAAGUUUCCCCGCCCCCUCUGGCCUUUGCACAUCGUCCCUCUGCUGACCAGCACUAAAGGGUGACCAGUAGAGUGAGCUGCCUGCUCUGCUGCCACCAGGCUCAUCCUCUCUGCCUUUGGGGAGAUACCCU